ACUAUAGGCCAAGAUUAAAAAAUUAAGGUUGGGUCCUAUAAAAGAGAGGAAAUGAAGAGGGUGAAAUCAAUGGCGGACGCAGCAGUAGAGUUCCUGUUGAAGAACCUCAUCGAGCUGGUGGCCCACCACAGCCACCUGAUAACUGAAACGAAGAGCCAAGUGAAGUUGCUGGAGGAGGAUCUCAUCAUCUUCCGCGGCUUUCUCAAGGACUCGGUGAAGAGGAGGAAAAAGAAUGAGGGCAUCCAGUUACUGGUGAACAACAUCCGCGACGUUGUUUAUGAGGCUGAAGACACCAUCGAUGCCUUCGUCACCCUGUCCACCGACAACAACAGGUCAAGGAAUUACUUUGCCAAAGCUUUCAAGUCGCUGCUCACACUCCACGACAUCGGGAAACGGGUGAAGGAAGUGCGGGUGAAAGUCGACAAGGGUAGGGCUGAUUUCAACCUCCUCAGCCUCCCCGAUGAAGACAAACAUGAAAAACCUGAGGUUCGGCCUCCAAGGCAUAAAAAUGUGGUUGGUUUUGAAGAUGUUUUCACAGAGCUUAUAGAGCGUCUGACUACAGAAACUAAUUAUAUUGAUGUAAUUUCUCUGACCGGAAUGUUUGGGCUUGGCAAGACAACCUUGGCAUGGAAGAUUUUCAACGAUCGACGCAUCGUCUUCGAAUUCCCCCUCCGCAUUUGGGUCUCCGUUUCUCAGCAGUUUUCAGACAAGGACAUCUUCAUCGCCAUCCUCGAAAAGAUCAUCCCUAUAAACGAGGAACUACGUGCCAAAGACGAGCAACACUUGUCCGAAAUGGUGGCCACUCAUCUCAACGAUAGGAAGUUCCUGAUCGUGAUGGACGAUGUCUGGUCUCAUAAGGAUUGGGACAGAAUCGAAAAGGCUCUGCCUGCCGACAACAAGAUGGGUAAAGUCUUGAUCACGAGCCGGGAAGAAGAUUUAGGCAAAUAUGCUAGUCGCCCGAGGGAACCCGUGAGGCUGCGUUUCUUCUAUCAGGAAGAGAGCUGGGAGCUGCUCCGGCUGGAGGCUCUUGGCCAGCUCGACUGCCCUUCUGAUUUGCAUAAUAUUGGGAAUUUGAUUGCAAAAGAUUGUAAUGGAUUGCCUCUUGCAAUAGUGGUGAUAGGAGGCAUCCUCGCCACCAAGUAUUCAGCUUCAGAUAUCGGCGCAACGGAAAGGGCGUGGGAGAAGGUGUCCAAACGUGUGGGCACCCAUCUGAUGAACGAGGAUCCAAAGGAUCGCAUGAACAAGUUCAUAUCGUUGAGCUAUGACAAGUUGCCUUAUUAUUUGCAGGCAUGUUUUCUUUACCUUGGGAUGUUUCCUGAAGAUUAUGAAAUCCCAGUUUCCAAGCUGAUCCGCGUGUGGAUUGCGGAGGGAUUCAUAAAGCACGAGAAAGGAUGCAGCUUGGAGGAAACUGCACAGAACUAUUUGGAGUAUCUUAUUAACAGAAACUUGGUCAUGACUGAGAAGAUGAAACCUAAUGGCAAGGUUAAAACAUGCCGGAUUCAUGAUGCCUUGCGUGAUUUCUGCAUAACUAAAGCUGGAAAAGAAAAAGACAAUUUUCUCCAAGAAAUUAAGUAUGUUGAUGGUGUUUUUGACCCUCCUCUCUCAGACAUAACAAACUGCCGCCGUCUUGCCAUCCAUUCCAACUGCUCGAGCUUCCUCAGUUCGAAGCCUUCUGGCCCACGCAUCCGCUCAUUUGCUUGCAUUCCCAACGAGGAAUACAACUUGCAAGAUGCCAACAUUUCAGCCAUCCCUGCAGCUUUCAAAUUGCUCAGAGUUUUAGAUGCCAAACCCAUCAUAUUUACCAAAAUCCCCAAUGAUAUGUACCAGCUUCUUCAUCUGAGGUUCAUGGUCUUGUCUUUCAAUCUGCAAGUCCUUUCAGCAAAGUUCAGCAAGCUAUGGAACCUACAAACCCUUGUAGUCCACACAACAUCCCGCACGCUCGAUGUCAAAGUGGAUAUAUGGAGGAUGAAGGAGCUAAGGCAUUUCAAGACGAAUGCAUCUGUCACCUUGCAAAAGCCGGGGAAGGACAGCAAACAUGGUGCACAGCUUCGAACACUAGGCACAAUCUCAGCAGAGAGUUGCACUGCAGAGCUUAUAGAUCGAGCCUCUAAUCUGUUGAAACUAGGCAUUCGUGGGCGACUGGCCUCGCUCUUUGAAGGCAAGAUUGGAUCUUUUAACAGCUUGGUGAAGAUGACGAAGCUGGAGAAGUUGGAGCUGAUAAACGACGUGUAUCCCAAGCUGGCUUCUGAAGAGAAACUGCUCAUCCUGCCUCAGCCUGACAAGUUUCCCACUACUCUCAUCAGCCUUACACUGUGUUCAACUCAUCUUAAGUGGAGUUACAUGUCUACCCUCGGACUGUUGGAGAAUCUACAGGUGCUCAAGCUUAAAGAUAAAGCGUUUAUGGGGAGCACUUGGGAGGGAGUUUUAGGGCGUUUCCAUCACCUCGAGUUCUUGUACAUUGAUCACACAGAUUUAUGUAUUUGGAAGGCUUCAUCGCAACAUUUCCCUCGGCUUAAAGGCCUUGUGCUGCGCAAGUGUGAGCAUCUUCUUAAGAUUCCAGCUGAGCUGGCUGAGAUACAGAGCUUCCAAAAUUUGGACUUGCAUUUUUGUAAAACUGCUGCUUCCUCUGCUAAGUUGAUCAAGGAGGAAAAGAAGAGGAAUAAUGCUCUGUUCAACCUCUCUAUUUUUCCGGCUAUACAUGAUCUUGCUUGACUGGUAAGAUUGUAGUAAUCUUCAAGGGUUUUUCUUGUGGGAUUCUUUUCCCUUGUCGUAAUUAGGCGAAACCACAUUUUAUAAGUGGAGAUUAGCUUCCACUUAUUUUCUUUUUCUGUCCGAUCAUUCUCUUCUUCUCUUUCA